AUGUUGAGCCGCAGCGGAGGGGCCAUUCGUCGUCGUCCAGGUACGCUUUACAUUUCAUCGCUCGGGGGUGAACGUUGGGCAGGGCCAUCCUACCUGAAUUCGCCCCCACCACAAGCACUCCCAAUGCCCCAUUUCUUAUCAUCCCCAUCCCCAUCCCUGUCCCCAGCUGGGGAGUGCCCUCCUCCCACACCAAACCACUCUGUUGAGUCUGCGACAAUGGAGCUGCUUCGCAUGCUCAACAUUGAGGUUGAUAAGUAG